CUUGGCAUUAUGUAGCAGAUUAUACAAUUGGGUGCUAGAAAUAAGAAACUUCGUUUACUAGUCUAUGGUAAGCGGCUGUGGCCAGAGCGCCUGCGCGAAAGGCGAAUUGGGCGUGCGGGAGACCGCAGGCACGGCAGAGGGCAGUCACGCUUGCGUGAGGUGCCAUCGAUCCAUUCGGUCGGUCGCCACGAACAAACUAAACUCACUGAAGCCCAAAGGUCGCUGCGGCGACCCGAAUCAACAUGCAACCUCCACCCAGGAAGAGUAACUACACCAAGUUCCUGAAGAACCUGCACACAGAGCAGAUCGCGAAGCUCCAUGCGAAAAAUCAGCAUGAGUGCGACUUGCUGGAGGACUUGCGCACUUACACCAUCAAGCGAUCCGCCAUCGAGAAAUCUUAUUCAGAGGCCCUGCUAAAGAUAUCCUCCGCGUAUCUCAAUAAGAAGAUACCUAACAUCCCAGACUUAAAGGUGGACGGUGCUGAGGAGAAAUGGAAUAUGUGGAACGUGUGGCGCACGGUGCUGGAGGAGAACGAGAAGUUGGCACGCGCCCGCCUCGCUGCCGUCGAGGUGUUCCAGCAGCAGAUCGCAGACGAGGCCAAGUUCCUGCGCCAGCACAAGCUCAACGUCGCCAAGAAGGCCACGGACUGCCUAGCUCAGGCACACAAGGAGCUGCAGCUCACCGUGUCUGACGUGGAUAAGACGAAGAAGCUGUACUUCGAUGAGGAACACACUGCACAUGAUGUCCGCGACAAAGCGAAGGACAUCGAAGAAAAGUUAAAGAAGAAGAAAGGAUCGUUCUUUCAGUCUAUCACAUCCUUACAGAAGAACAGCGCUAAGGUGUCCUCCCGGCGAGACCAGUUGGAAGAGAAAUCCACAGGCGCUCGCAACGAUUACCUUUUGAGUAUAUCAGCUGCGAAUGCCCACCAAAACCGUUACUUCCUCGUCGAGCUGCAAUCCUGUAUGCAAAGCAUGGAGUCGUCAGUAUACGAGAAGGUGUCGGAGUUCCUGACACUCAUGGGUCGUACGGAGCUGCUCACUUGUUCCGCCACCCAGCACUCAUUCGGGAAGAUCCGCGACCAAGCACUGCAGCUCACCAGGGAGUACAACCUGCAAUGCUUGUACUUGUACUACCCUGUGCUCAAACAACACAUCCAAUACGAAUUCGAGCCUUGCGACAACGAUCCGAUCGACGCGGUGACCAUUGAACACGAAUCGGUGGCGGUAACACUCGCGCAGGAAGCGAGGCGCUGGGCGACGCGGGUGGUGCGGGAGACCGCUCUCGUACGCGACGCUACGCGCAAGCUCCAUCUGUACCAGGCCAUGCGAGACGCUGGACAGAAGGUUGACCCGAACGAUCCUAACGGGCCAGAGCUGGAAGUAAGAAUGGACGAGCUUCGCGCUAACAUCCGCCGCUCCGAGACCUCCAAAGCCAAGUACGAGGCGCGCUUGGAGUGCCUUAGGUCAAGUGGCGCGCCAGUCGACGAGUGGUUGAAGGAAGUCGACUUGCUGGCCGUACAAGAAACCCUACCACGCAGCAGCAGUCUACUCAGUGUGCGCACCGAUGCUUCUGGAACUGCUGACCAACCGAGUUCUGACUCGUUCUACGACAGUGACAAUACUGAGGGCGAAGCUGGACCCUCAGCGGCCCCUACCGGCGGUCACCAACGCACCACGUCCGGCUCUCAGCAUGAAGACGACCAUGACGAAGAUGUCGACGCGGUGUUGGAGGAAGAACGCAAACGAAUCGAACAGCUAGCGGUCGGUUGGGACGACCCCACGCAGGUGAACUGGGACGAGCCCGAAUCGGAGGCCGCGGCGGCUCCCAGCGAGGUAGAGCAGCCGGCGCCUCCUCUAUACAAGUGCACUGCUCUCUACUCCUAUACAGCACAAAAUCCAGACGAACUGUCGAUAAUCGAGAACGAACAGCUUGAGGUGGUAGGCGAAGGCGACGGGGACGGGUGGCUGCGCGCGCGCAAUUACCGCGGCGAGGAGGGAUACGUACCGCACAACUAUUUGGACGUAGACCGGGAACAGGCUUCUAGCGCACCUGGGCUGGUGACUCAGAUCUCGUUCUCCUCCGUGGACUACACCGUAGAAGGGGAAGACGCGGACGUAGUCCAAUCCCCAGAUCAGAUCUCAGUGAUAUCAGCGCCUACUGUCAAACCGGAAGAGCCGAAAGCUGCGGAGCCCAAGCCGGAGCCAAAGAACGAGCAGUUGCCCACUCUGGGCUACUGCUUUGCUUUGUACGAUUACGACGCUGAAGCGGAUGACGAGCUCAAUCUUGAAGAGGGGCAGAUAAUCCGCAUCACAUCGCGCGACGCUCAUGGCGUGGAUGACGGCUGGUGGCGCGGGGAGGCCAACGGCGUCAUCGGGAACUUCCCCUCGCUCAUCGUGGAGGAGUGCGAUGAGAACGGCGAGCCGUUGAGCGGAGGCGACGAUUGGACCCCGCCUGGCUCCGCCCCGCCGGUGUUCGCGUCGCCGCCGGUGACGCCGCCCAACGACGGAUUUAACGAAGAAAUGAUCAUGGGUGAAAACAACAACACAAAAAGCGCGGCGCCGCCCGCCGACCCGCCGCCGCCGCCUCCCACCGAAGCGGAAGCGGAACCAGAAACUGACUUCAGCUUCAAUUUAGAGCUCACUAGGAACCAGCAUGAACAGUACGGAACGCAAUUCUCCAUCGACGCGCCAAUGGCACCCGCUGUCACCAUAGUAGGUGAGUAUGUUGACUACAUGAAACAUAACGUGUCGGAUAGUUUUAUAGGCAGAACAAAGUUUUGGAACACAAAAAUAGUUCAAAGCUCGGUCCAUAUCAAAAGUUGAGUGGACAUUUGGGAACUUAGGACUAUUCGAUAUGUAGAUAUUGAGAACAAGAUAAUCUUUCAGUAGUCCGAUGACUUGGAGUAGCUAUUGAUUUCUUUUUCUUCAAUUUGGUGUUCUGGGAAGUUUUGGAUUAAGGAAAAGGGGAUACUUAGAAUAAUUAAGUAUUAAUGAAAACAUACACUUGGUUGUUGAACUACAUAUUAGAUAGUUUUCUGUACUGGUAUACAGUACCUAGUUAAUUGUUAAUAAACAGUUUGAAUAAGUAAGCGAUUGCAUCCAACAUGUACAUUUGUUUCAUUAUUUCUUUUUUAAUCCAAUCUGCAUUCUUUUCCAUGCAUCAGUCGACGAGGUUCUCACCGAAAAUUUAGAAGACGAGGUUUGAUUCUUGUUUCGACAUAUUUCAUUCAGUGUUGUUUCAUUGUACAGUACAUUUGCUUUGCUGUCGCUUCUUUGUAUAUAGUUGAUUAUAUAAAUAUGCUUGUUGCUGUCGUUUGUUUUACUAUGCUUCUAUCGUAUACUAGCGUCCUAGACGAAGCAGUGUUAUUAAAGAUGAGUCAUGAAUUUAUUAUGUUUCUUUUAAGGUGAUAGAGGAAAAUGAAAACUACAAUAAAUACUGUCACACUGUAGGUAAUGUGCAACACUUUUAACCAUUGGAACUGGAAACCCUCUUGAUUUGUUUAGCAUUAGUCUACACUUGACCAUAAGCAUGCCGCUUGUUGGUUCUAUCAUGCAUGAUAGAAACUUCCAGUAAUCGAGUAAUAAAUCCCAUUUAGACCCGAACUUAUUUACAAAUAACACUAUUUACCUUUAAUUUUUACCUAACUAUAGUCCCAUCUUAAUCUUGGAGUGCUCCACUCCUAUCUUGAUCAGCGAACUCUUUAGUUUUCGAAGAAAUGAAAAUAAUGUUUUUGUGGUCUAGGAGGAGGAGCAGCCGCCUGUGCCGGCACCGGCGCCAGCACCGAGCAAGCCUGUGCCACCGAAAGUUGAGCUGCCAGCGGACGACUGCGGGCUGGGCGUUGCGCAGAUAGUUAUCACCGCCGCCACGCCCAUGAUAGAGGAGCCGGAGCAGCCGUUCCCCCCACCGGAACCGGAGCCGGAGGCGAGAACGCGGACGGAGGAACCGGACCGCGCAGACGACAACGACGACGAGGAGUCUUCGCUCUCGGAGCAGACGGCGGUUUGCCUGCGCGACUCGGACGAGGGGCACGCGGACGUGGCACCGCACCCGGCCUCCAGUUCGACGGCUUCAGAGGGGGAGUCGACCGGAGCUUCAGUGGCCUCCGGCCCUCCCACGGCACCCCAAUCCCCGCCUUCCGCGCCGCGCGCCGGCAGAGCCUCUAUUCCGGACGAGUUGGAGCCCGCGCAGCUCGCGAGGCUCACCGAUCUCAAAGAGUCGAACGCCUAAGCCUGAACUACGUUUUCCUCAGAAAACGUCGCGUCAGCUCGACACGAGGCAGACGAUCACCCGGCUGUUCGUCUGCUCGUCUACCGAUGACCGUUUCUCUGCUCAAUGACUAUCAUUACGAACUUCUAAUAAAAUUACUUAUCUACACAUUUCAUUCCUUUAUUAUUGUGAGUAAAUUUAAUUUUUUAAUGGCACAGACACUUCGUUCGAUGCAUGUUAUAGUUAUUUGUAUAUGAAUGUAAACCGAAGCAUAUUCUUAUCUACUAGUGAAUUACAGAAAGCCAUUGAUGACCUUUUAGAAAAAUAUUGUUAAAGGAAUUUUGUUAGUAAUAUUGAUGUUUAGGAUUAAUGAUAACUUUUAAUACUUUGUUACCUAUUGUCUAGAGAAAUAUGUACCUAUCUAACUGUCUAUACCUAAUAGUGAGUACUCACGUAGUAUUAGUGAUCGGUGCCUACUAUCGUGUUAGUGUUUUAAUACACCCUACAGAGGAGAAAUCUCCCUAUUAGGAGUCGGUGUGUACAGAACGGCGACGCGACUCCAAAUAAAAGAUCAAUUAUUGGACAAUAGUAUUUAAAAAUUAAAAAUCAAAUAUAACAAGGUGUUAACUACUUAGUUAUAAAGGUCGCGUCGACUCGCACCGCGAACGGCCUAGCUUAUGUCUACGAUGUGAGAAACGGUCACAGACUCUGUAGAAUUGUAUAUAACUAGGUUAUAUUUAUAAAUUAUAUUAUACAAUACUAUAUAGUAAUUAUUGACACAUCUUGUACCUGCUGAUUAGAGGUAUGACAGAGACACUAGUCGCGAUUUGUUGGCCGACGAAAUCUGUUUUAUGGCGCACUAUUUUUUUUUAUCGAUAUUUAAACUGUAGAGCCCAAACAGCAGAAAUACUUAUAUAAAAUUUUCUGUGGUUUACUUAUGUCUUUAGUCAUGCGAGUUAAUACUGGUGAAAAAAAUAUGAUCUGAAACUAAAAACUUAGAGGUGAUAACAGCUGAGACACGUAAAUCGACAUCGAUCGGAUGCAAACAUCGCUGACAGUGACAAACCAAAUUCUUCGACUGAAAAUCGUUUAACACGGAAUAAAAACGUAAGGAAGUCCAAUGAACAUCAUGUUAUACUGCGCUGUGCUAAGCUCUAUUAAGUCAACUCGCUUCUUCUGAAUUAUAACGAGGAAAUAAACAAUACCUAGGUAUGGACGUACUACUCUCUGGUUUGUUUAACUAUAUAGUUUACCUAUAUAACUAGUUCCUAUAGUGAGACGAGAAUACGUUCGUGACAGGUCGUGCCUGUUCCUAAAGUUAGCUUCAUAGAAAAAGUGUUAGCUUAUUGAAGUGUAGGAAGUCACUAUUGUCUAGUAAACAGAGGUACAUUCCGAGAACAAACUUUAUUCUCUUACGACCUGUCACGAACAUUAUUAAACAUGAGCAUAGCACAGUUCGAUGCUAUAUGGUAACUUUUAACGGUUGAAUAAAGACACCACACAACUUAGCAUGGAAAUAAUUAAAUUAUUAUAUUUAAGUAUAACGGGACUGAAGUGUGGAUGAAUUUCUGUUAUUCCCUCUUCAUACUUUCGUACUGGUCCGGUGAAUGUCUACCGACAGAUCAGAGUUAGAAGGAAUUCGGGUGUUACAAUUUUCUCUUAGAUUAUCGGUUUUUAGAUAUGUUAUUUGAUCGAUUCUUUCUAACUAGGUAUAAAAUAUUUUGCAAGGUUUUUCUUUAUUAUUUCUGCCGUGAAAUAAGCAAUACUUAAUAUGACGUACCUAAACACACGCAGCGAUUUCUAUUUGUUUUGGAGACUUAUAUAUCGUUUAAAUAAUGUAUUGAGAUGACCAUACUUACCUUUUACGAGCUCAAAAUUGACGCACAAAGUACAAUGAAAAUUUAGUGAUACUUAAUGAUUUUGAAUUUUUCUGGCAUAGCAAAUCAGAUAAAAUAUUGGAUACACAUCACACAUAAAAUGGGUAAACACUUUUAAAUAAAACUAGUUUUUACGGGUUAAUGCACGAAACUUUAUUUAUUU